GAACGACAAACAAAAAUUCAAACAUACGUGUACUUCUUUUGGAAAUAGAUGAUUAGAUGAUAAUAAUAAUUCAUUAUUGAAGUUUUCGAUUAAUUUAAUACAUUUCUAGCAUUUUUCUGGUAUUUUUCUUUACAAAAUGACUACAGAUUCCGAUAAAGAAGUGAAACCUGCGAAAGUUAAUAAAUGGGAUGGAUCCGCAGUGAAAAAUGUAUUGGAUGAUGUCGUAAGAGAUAUUUUCACGAAAAAGCUUAAAUACCUCGAAGAUUAUAAACUGAUUGAUGGACGACUCGCGAUUUGCGCUGUAGCUGUUGGUGCAGCUAUGUUUGCUUUGGUUUGGGAUUAUUUGUAUCCUUUCCCAUUGUCCAAACCUUAUUUAAUAUACUGUGUCGUAUUUUAUUUCUUUAUGAUGGGCGUUCUUACGUUGUACGUCACCUACGUGGAAAAAGGCAUUUUCGUCACAGUUGUGCAACGAGAUCCCUCCGGUUUUGAUCCUGAUAUUGUUUGGGAAGCAAGUUCUACGUUAGAAAAAUACUGCGACAAAUACAAUUUGUCAUUGGUUACAAAAAGCAGAAAAGAUGAUACCGAAAGAGAAACUUCAUUUUCCAAAUCUAUCGCGUUAUUUUUUGAUGAUAAUGGUACCAUAGUUCCUGAAAAUGUCGAAAAAGAAGUUUUGAAGUUACAUGCUUCGUUAUCAAGUAGUAAAAAGAAUAAAUAAGUUUAAUUGAAUUUCAAUUACAAUAAGUUUUACUUUUAAUUUAUCAGCUUAGCGAAUUGUUUAUUCCGUAAGUGAUUUUUGUAUUCGCAUUGUUUGUGUAUUUUUUUCAUUACUUCAUUGUUGUACUACACUUUUGAAGAUUGAAUUCAUGAUUUUCAUUUUGUAAAAAUUCGUUUAUUUUAUUGAUGAAAUCGGCGUUGUUAUUUAACGUUAGCGUAACGCGUGUUUCUAGUGUUUCUAAAAGAUCACAUUUUAUUUAUUUUUCAUUUUAUUGUCUUCGGUGUAUCUUCUGUAAUUGUGUAUGUAGAUCUGUUACGCUUUUUAAAUAAAGUUGUUUUCUGGGUA